CGCACAUGCUAGCCGUACAUGGAUUAUUGGAAGCUGCAAAUGGUGGGCAGAAUUCGUGUAUAAAAGCUUAUAUCAUCGGCUUUGAUUAAACAGUCUCAUUUGUACCGCAAUAUUAAACUUAAGUCUACGCAGCACGUUCCGCUUAAACAAUUUGGAAAACAUGUUCAAAUACUUUGCUUUGUGUUGUUUCGCGCUUUUCGCUCUGGCGGCCGCCAAACCCAGUGUUAUCGCUCCAGUGGUCAGCUACUCGACGUCACUGAUUGGCACUCCGUUCGCUGCCACCUACACUUCGCCCUACGCCGCCUACGCUCCUUAUGCCGCUGCUUAUGCUCCAUACUCGGCCUACUCGCCUUACUACACUGCAUACUCCACUUACCCCUACGGUUCGAUAUUGCUCAGGAAGUGAGCUAGUUAAUAGAAACGAUCAAUUGAAUUGUCUUCAGUAUUAUUUCACCUUAUUUUAAGAUUCACGAAAUAAAAAUCGAGUUCUGUUUUGAAA